AUGCCAUCUAGCAUCCGAUACCUCGCCGUCUCAGCCGCAGCCCUCCUGGGCUUCGCGCAGAUCUCCCAGGCUCAGACGAACAUUACUUCUCACGCCUGCGCUUCCGGCUCGGACUACACCUCCUGUAACCGCAAGGUAGCAGAUGACUGGAGUUCCUGUAUCCGAAACUGCAAUGGCAAUGGGAACUGCAUCGUUGAUUGCGGAUGUAGUUCUCACCAGGACUAUAUCAAUUGUAUGGCGCAGACAUGCUGGAAUCAGGUCUACUCAUGCGAAUACCAACUCUUCGUCCAACAAUACUUCGCCAUCUGCCCCAGCGCAACAGAACCGAUCCCCUUCUGGCCCGCUCCUGACAACGCGCCAAACCGCUGCUCCUGUGAUCUAGGCAAAGUCCUCCAGUCAACACUCACAGCACGCAAGGAACAAAUCUCCUGCAUCAAGAAUGUCACCAGUCAAAGCCUGAACAAAAUCCCCAGUGAUCUGGGCGAUCUUUCGAAUCUGCCGAAUGGGUUGGAUAUUGGGAAGCAGGCCUCUGAUUGCGCUUGCUGUGGUGCUAGUGCCAGUAUCUCCGCAUCCUGGGACGUCUGCCCCCACACCGAACCAAGACUCGCCGGCGCAGAUCUUUGGCCUCUAUUCUUCCCCUCCGACCUACCAAACCUCUACACCUCGGUUCCAAACUGGGCCUGGUCAAGCUGCGACUCAACCCUCAAGAACACAGACUGCCAAAAAAUCGGCUUCACAGACUCAAGCGAUAAAUUCUAUAAACCGGGUGAUCUCCCUUCGAACGGAACUUCCACUCUGCACAAUGUCGCAGGAACUGUUACCGCGCCGCCGAGCGGGACCGUGUUGACUUGGUCCCAGUCUUCGACUUCUUGGACCGUUACUGCGACGGGGUAUGAUCGGAAGGCGGUUUCUAGUCAGAGUGAGUUUCGGGCUACGGCUACGGGGACGGAUGUCUUUCAAACGCAGACUGGGACUAAUGUUGCGAAUGGGUAUGCUGCGACGCCGGUUGCGGCGAUGCUUGCUGGGGUUGGUGUUGUUGGGGCUUUCAUGAUCUGA